UACUUUAUCAACAUUUCAUCCCUAGCGACAGGCAUCUCAGGAACUGACAACUGAAAAGUGUAAUUUACGUACUUUGGUCCUGUUUGACUGUAUUAUCAAAGAAGAUAUCUCAAGUUGCUGAGUAAAAACAGAAAUGACAGCUACGGAAGAAGAAACAAGUGCUGAAAAUAAAGCUAUAGAAGAGUUAAGGAAAAGAUUUGAUGGAGAGUUAAGUCCUAAAAUGUACGAGGAUACCUAUAUGUUCCACCGAUUUUUAAAAGCUCGAAAUUUCAAUAUAAAUGAUGCCGAAACUAUGCUCAGAAAGCAUCUUGAAUGGAGAAAGGCAGAAGAUAUUGACAACAUCUCUUCCUUUAAACCUUCUGAGGUAUUGCAGAAAUUUAUGGCUCAAAGUAUAUGUGGAUACGAUAAAGAUGGAUGUCCAGCCCGAUACAUUCCUUUUGGCAAAUUAGACCCAAUAGGUAAAAAGUCGUUUAA